AUGGAAGUUGAUGGGCUCCGCAAGGAAAUUAAAUCUUCCUGCCCAGAAGAAAGAGAGAACAUCGAUGGAGAUGCCUAUCCUUGCCCGAUGUGUGAAUUUGUCUCCAAUUCUUCCGACGGCAUCGUUCUGCAUUGCAGCGAAUGUCACCCGGAGAGUGACAUGGUUCACGACGACGAGCUGUCGGGUCGCUGUCCAGUCUGUCAGUGCAGAAUCGAAUCGACCUCGUCCCUGAACGACCAUGUAACUCUGCAUUUCGAGUAUCAGAACAUACCAGAGUCAAGUGAUGAAAUUCUCGCCUUGCAGCUUUACCAUCAAGAGUUGGACAAUGCAGAGGCUGAUUCUUUGGCGAAGUUGAAGGAAAGAUACGGUUUGGAAGAUACAGGAGGAUAUUUGGAUCAAGGUGUUUUGUCCCUCAACCGAAGGUAUUGUAGGAACGAAAUCACGUUUGAAGAGCUGCAUGACGGAAAAGUUAAUUUGAUGAUAAAUGAUCGACUCGGCUUUGAGGAUGACCGAUAUCCUCUUAAAGGCAUCAUUGAACGAAUUCGUUGCGUAAGUCUCAAGACAUCAGAUGUAAGCGAAACUUUGCUCUGCCCCGUUGUUGACUUCUUUUACUCCAACGACGCUGACCGUGGAUUCGGCUGUACAUAUCGCAACAUUCAGAUGAUGAUCUCCGCCCUAAUGUGCAGUCAGCCAUAUUGCAAAGUUUUGUAUGGAAGUAGGUCUUAUCAUAUAUCAGUUUUAGUACUCUUUAUUGUAUCGUUCAUGGAUAUCAUCAUAUCAUAUCUUAAGUUCUUGCAUAAACAGAACUUCACCGUUGUUUUCGAUGUUUUCGAAGCAUUUAAUUUAUUUUUUUAUGCGGCACCGUUUACUCUGUCGUAACA